AUGCUUGGAAAGUUCCCAGCAGGAAAUUUGCUGCUAACUUUUGCCAUUCUUUGUUCUGGGACAUCCAUAAACAAGAUCUUACUUGUGUUCCGGCACAUGGGUGUCCUUGUUUACCAUUAUCCAACAUACUUCUAUCAUCAAAGACAUUUGCUGGUUCCUUCAAUUGUAAAGUAUUGGCGAGGCUACCAGGCCGACUUACUUGCAAAACUAACGGGAAAGGAAGCGGUGAUUGCUGGGGAUGGCAGACAUGAUAGCAUGGGCCAUCCCGCAAAAUAUGGAACAUACACCAUAUUCUGUUGUACCAUUGGCUAUAUUAUCCAUAUCGUGCUAGUACAGGUAUUAAUGUUGUUAAGUAAGAAGCUUCACCUCACACAACCAAACCAUGUAACAUAUUUAAAUGUUCACUCCUAAUUUUAUUCUUUCACAGGGCUUUGAUUUGUUCCUGUUGCACACUUGUAUUGCUUUCUGAGCAUACCUACCACAGCAAUUUUUAUUUCACAUUUUAAUUGGUGUUUUGUUUAUAAUCUUAUCACUCCCUAGGCGAACCAAACUGGAAACAGUUCAGCUAUGGAGUUCACCGGCCACCAAAAGGCAUUUGCAUUCGUUCUUGGUACAGCCAUGAUAAUCAAAGCCUUCAUUUCUGAUCGACACACCCAAAUUGCAAAGUGGAUGAAAGAUGAAUACCCCCAAAAAUGCAGAGAACUUGGAAAACCUGUGAUAGAUCAUUUCUUUGACCUUUGGCAUAUAAGGAAGAGUGAGUUAAUACAGGCUGCAUAAACUAAAAGAGCUGCUCAUGAGACAAAUAACAAUGGCAUGAAAAUACCUUUGUACCUUGUAUGUUUUGUUUUCCCAAUUCAGAACGUGAUAGUACCCCAGAGAACUGUUUCUUUCAAAUGUUGUCAUAG